AUGUCAUCUGAACUAGAUUUACUCAGACAAGAAAAUGCCAAACUUGUGGCCGAGAAUGCUGAGCUUAAGCACAAAAACUCAAACCCGAAACAGAUUAUAUCUCCAGUUUGUUCAUUAUUGCCAAUAACAUCCCAAUCAUCUUCCCCGUCACCUAUCGAGGACCACUCUGAUAAGGAAUAUAGCAUCC